UUGAUGCGGAGCCUGAAAAAAUUCUUAUUCUGGAAGAUUUUGUCAGCUACUUCACCCAGACUUUGCACUCUAAGCUUCCUGGCUCCUUGGUUAUAUGGUAUGAUAGCAUCACGAUUGAUGGUUCUUUAAGCUGGCAGAAUCAAUUGAACGCUUCAAACAAGCCAUUCUUUGACAGAUGUGAUGGCAUAUUUGUCAAUUAUUUCUGGCUGGAUGAUUAUCCUAAGCUAUCUGCUGAUGUUGCUGGUGACAGAAAAUAUGAUGUUUACAUGGGUGUCGAUGUUUUCGGGAGGGGCACUUAUGGUGGCGGACAAUGGAAGACACAUGUUGCCCUUGAUGUGAUAAAGAAAAAUGAGGUCUCAGCAGCCAUAUUUGGCCCUGGAUGGGUCCAUGAGACUAAGCAACCACCUGACUUCCAGACUGCUCAAAAUCGAUGGUGGGGACUUGUUGAGAAAUCAUGGGGAACUGUUCAGAAACAGCCCAAAGAACUGCCAUUCUACUCAAAUUUUGAUCAGGGUCAUGGUUACCAUAUUUCUGUUGAUGGUAAGCAAGUGCUGUGUACUCCUUGGAAUAACAUCUCUUGCCAAAGUAUUCAGCCGUUUAUUGAGUUCACUAACAGUAACACUCGGCCAAUCCAGGUUUCCAUUGGUGUGAAGGAAGCAUCUUAUAGUGGUGGAGGAAACAUCACAUUUAGAGGUACGCUCGAUAGUGAUUCUGAAUUCACAGCCAGACUCUUCCAAGGGGAGCUUCUUUUGGGGAAUUUUCCAGUUCACUUUACAUUUUCUGUUAAGUCAAGUGGGAACUCGCUGUUAGGUCUCGCUCUUGAGUCCUCUAACGCUUGCAAUGAGAAGAGUUGCAUCUUUUUAGCAGCAUCCGGAAGUGCCACUUUAACCGCAAAUAAAUUCCAGAACCAAUUUACCAAAGUUGUGAUGCCGCAUAGAGUAAGCAAGGUGGAGGUGGACCCUGAAUGGUUGGUGCAGGAAAGUAGCAUUUACAUGAAGGGACACAUAUUGAGAGAAAUCCGGGCUGUAUGCUACACAUCAAAAUAUCACCAAGAAACUGUUAAGAACAACAACUCCCAAUACUAUGCGGUGCUUGGUGAUAUUAAGAUCACUAAAUCUCAAGAGAGUACGAAAUUCCCACCGUCAUCAUCUUGGCUCAUUGGUGGUCAGUUUGUGAGUUGGGCUGCCGGGCUUGGUGGGUCCAAACUCCUCAGUGUUAAGCUUACUUGGCAGCUGAAAGAUGGUAGUGCUGAUAUUUUCACCAACUACAAUAUAUAUGUUAGCAAGUCAUCUGGCAGUGAGAUGAUUGAGGGUGCUUUGGAUUAUCUUGGUGUGGCGCUACCAAAAACAUAUUAUGUUUAUAAGCUGGAAGUUGCUUCUGGCGUAUCCGGUCUGAAAUUCCUCGUCCAGCCCUGUGGUCCUGAUGGGGCUUGCCAAAUGCUUCAAGAUUCACCUUUCUUCUUAUUGCAACUUCAAGAUGCUAAGGUUGAAAGUCACAAAAUAUUGCCAAGGUAUGUGGAGGAGGACAAGGGUCGCCUAGUGAAACUGGAUGGAACUCGAGCUGAAUUAUGGAUAGUUUGUGUAGUGGUGACGUUAAACUUGAUUAUUUUAGCCAUCUAUAUGUACUGGAUAAGCUGUCUUUGA